AAUAAUAAUAAUAAUAUUAAUAAUAUUAUUAAUAAUAAUAAUAAUAAAUAAUAAAUAAUAAUAAUAAUAAUAAUAAUAAUAAUAAUAAUAAUAAUAGUAAUAACAACGUAACAAGAAGAAUAUAAUUCAUUGGUAAAGAGAAAUUACGGUGAGUGUGUUUUAAAGAAGAAAAAUGACGUCCUACAUCCAAGUCGCCGAAGACGAGGGAGAAGAACCUAUAGAGCUGCCUACCGAGGACGACAGCACGCUCUUAUUGACCACCCUGUCCGCUCAAUUUCCCGGGACGUGUGGCCUUAAAUAUCGCAAUCCAGAAUCCCGGACGAUGCGUGGUGUACGACUCGUUGAGGGACGGCUUCAUCCACCUGAAAAUGGUUGGGGCAAGGCGAUCUAUUUCUGUGUAUUUCCGAAAGAAAACAAGCGUAAAUCUGAUGACAAUUUGGAAAAUUCCACAGCUAAGACAAAGAGAAUGGAAACAAAGUUGCGUUGUACAGACUUGAUCGUACUGGGCUUACCAUGGAAAACUACCGAGCAGAACUUGAGGGAAUAUUUCGAGGCAUUCGGUGAAGUUCUAAUGGCACAAGUAAAGAAGGAUGCAAAAUCUGGUCAGAGCAAAGGAUUUGGAUUCAUACGAUUUGGAAGCUAUGAAUCGCAGUUAAGAUGUCUUGCUCAACGACACAUGAUAGAUGGCAGGUGGUGUGAUGUCAAGGUUCCGAAUAGUAAGGAGGGAAUGAUUCAGCAAGUACCCUGCAAGGUAUUCGUGGGACGCUGUACAGAAGACCUAACCGCAGACGAUCUACGCGACUAUUUCUCCAAAUUUGGUGAAGUUACGGACGUGUUCAUCCCAAAACCUUUUCGCGCAUUUUCAUUUGUUACUUUCCUAGACCCAGAAGUGGCUCAAUCUCUCUGCGGAGAAGACCACAUUAUAAAAGGAGUUUCCGUUCAUGUCUCUAAUGCAGCCCCGAAAUCAGACGGCAUUAAUAAGAAUUUUAAUAACCAAGUGAAUUCAAACGUACGUGGUAGGGGAGCACCUGGACCGGUAGAAAACAAUGUACAGGGAAACUAUCAGGGAAACAGGUACAUGGGCCAUUCGGGUAAUAACAUGGGUCCAAACGGUUGGAACAAUCCAGGCAAUAGAGGUAAUUUGGAUAUGCCUAAUCUUCAGGCAUUGGGCAUUACCGGUCAGAAUAAUGGCGGAGGCGGCGGCGGUGGAUUAUCCAAUCCAUUGGCAAUGGGAGGCUUAAAUUUAUCGGCAUUACCAGUAAAUCCUGCGUUAGUGGCGGCUGCAUUGAAUCAAGCAUCCUGGGGACUAAUCGGUAAUCUUCAGAAUCAGGGAAACGAUCAAGGAUAUUCAAAUCAACCAGGGCCCCCAGGUCAACCACCUUCAGGAAAUAAUAGUAUUGGUAAUAGCGGUAAUUCUGGGUUUCUUAGUUGGAUGAAUCAAGGGGGAGGCGAUGGUAAUACGGGUAAUCCUGGUACUGGUGGUCCUGGUCCAAAUAAUCCAAACGCCUCCCAGGGUGCUUGGCAAAAUCAUCCAGGUCAACGUGAUCAAAAAUCGAAUACAUUUCUCAAAUACGAUUAAACUCGGUCGGGACUCCGAGUUUAUUCGUAGAAGGAGGGUCCGUUCCUUUAGUCCCGAAGUACUAAUGUUGAAGAACAGCAAAGGUCAGGAAGUUUUAAGGGUACAAAGCAAACGAUUUACAAAAAGAACCAAAGCUUUCAGUGACAUUACGAUAGAAAAGGACGGCUAUAUUGUAUGAUCGUGCGCCGUAAUGUGGUCGGUUCAUAAUAGAGUGUGUCGGAUGAUACUUUCGAAUCAUUGCACGUCAUUACUUCAAAAACAAAACAAAACAAAAAAAAACAAAAAAAAAAAAAACAAAACAAAACAAAAAAAAAAGAAAAAAAGAAAAGAAAAAAAAAAGUAAAAGAUAUACUAUGACCCUCUCACUCUCUUACUGGCUUGAGAAAUUAGCACAAUAGCUUUCACGAAUGAUACGGCCUGCAUGUCUCUUACGGAUAGCUUUGAUCAUCUAAACGUGCAAAUAUGUGUGGUCUUCUAUACGCGUGUGAUCUAACUGAGCUGAGUAAAGUGCAUUGGAGAAAGAUAGAUGAUUGUGAAACUUUUGUAAUGAGAGAUAGAUGAGAUUAUGUAGUGUUUAACGUAUAUGUGUCUGAGGUAACAUAAUGAUUGAUGCAGAGUGUUUAAUGUAAAAAUAUGAAGUAAGUUAGUGGAACUUAAUAAUAUAAUUAUAUUUUAAUUUACCAAUAAUAGUUCAUUGAGUGAUUAUAUAGGAGUUAUAUAGCUUAAUGAAGUAAUAGGUUGCUGAUGAAUAAGUUGUAUCCUCACAUUGAUAAUUUACAUAUUUUUCUUGUACAAAUAACAGAAAUAGUUAAUUGAUUUCAAAUAGCCAUUUCAAAUUUUCAUUCUAUCAAAUAUUUUAUAAUGUUGCAGCAUUAUAUACAGAUAUAUACAUAUUUAUAUAUAUAUGUAUCUAUGUAUGUAUAUAUAUAUGUAUCUAUGUGUACAUAGAUAUAUAUAUAUAUAUCAAAUCGGUCACAUAAUGUGAGCUGCACGUUUAUUAAUAAUCAAAUAUAUUAAGUUCCGAUGAUUUCUUAAUUCCAUUAAACGUUAUGAAUGCUUGAAUACGCUGCAUAUAGAUUAAAUAUCUUUGUCAUAAUUUUAUAUGUGACCACAUCAUUGAAAAAUCAUUCUUACAUAUAUAUUUUUUAAUUAUUGUACAAGAUAAAAUAAUUGAGAACUUUCUUCUGAAGAAAUGAAGUGCAUUGAGACUUUCUCUGGGUAUAUGUGUUGUGCGUUCUUUCAUAUAUACUUACACGUACAUAUAAAAUAGUGACGUACAACUUUAUGGGUAUUUGUUGUCAUUAAAUAUUUUCAUUAUUCACACGUAUAACAUAUUUGAGCAUAAUAGUUGUUAUUUGCAUUGAUUAAUGCAGAAUAUGCUCUUAUGUUUGACAAUUGCCCUUAUAAAAUUAUACAUAUAGAAAGUUUGUUUCAUGUGCAUACUUUUUUCUUUUUUCUUUUUUCUUUUUACUUUUUUUUUUUUUUUUCUUUUCUUUUUUUUACGGAUAUAAAAUAUAUCGUCCAGAAUUGAAAAAAAAAAAAAAAAGAAAUUAUAUUAGAGAAUAACUGUUUCUAAUGAAUACUAUUUACUUAGGGUGGAAGUGAGUGGGUGUGUAGUCAGGAUAUGCGUGAGGCUGCGUAUAGUUUGGUCGCAGCUACCUGAGAUUUGCAUAAAGUUGUUUACAUUUUUCGUAAUAUUUAGUGCGACACACAAACAAUUAUUACGUGUGCGAGUAUGAUUAGUAUUUUACAUUGGUGUGCGGGUGUGUCAAAAUUAUUGAUUGAUUGUGUGUGAAAGGAAGCAUUUGGAUUGGUAGUUGUUUCAAUUGAAUGAGUCGAAUAAAUUCAAGGAUUUUAUAAUUCUCUAGUGCUUCAAAUUUUGAAGGAAAGUUUUGUGAUGAAAGACUUGAUAAUUCUCUUUCUCUAAAGGACAAUUUUGCAGGUCAUGGGUGUUUGUUUUCCAAAGAUCAGAAUAAACAAUGAAUUUCACAAUUCACAAUUGUAGUCAAUAACUUUAACAUACAAAAAAGAUGAUGGCGCAAGAAACUUUAGAAAAGCAUAUAUUUCAUAAUCUCACUGUAUGUUUCAUUGAAGUUAUCUAGAUCUGCUAUUCCAGAAUGCUAAUAUCUUAUGAUUACAUUGUCGAAAAAUAAAAAAAUCCUUAUACAUCAUCUUUCACUGUUGUGCUAUUUAUUUGAUAAAUAAACAUUGAUGCAGCAAAAUGCACCUUACUUGACUUAUAUUAAUAUUUGUACUUCUCUAAUAUCAUCUAGAGAGUACGAAUCUUUAAUAAAUAGUAUGUAAAGGUGCUUUUACUGUAGCACUGGUUAUACAAAAAUUUAAUGUAAAUCACCCAAUUUACACUGUUUCCUUCUUUACGAUGAAAUCUAUUUCUUUUUUUGCCUUUCCCCAAACUUCAUAGAGAAACACUCAGUUUACUUUGAAAAGUCUAACAUUCUCAUCACUUUUUAUUCAAUGCAGGGAUAAUUUCAUAGAGUUUGAAUCUUUUUCUGAAUCGGUGUUUGUGUGUAUGUCGAUGAAUGAUUUUGUUAAUAGUGAUUGACUAUGAGAAUUACAGGCAUGAAAUGUUGAAAGAAGUGUAUUUAAUAUGAGAAAGAAAAAGGAAAAAAAAAAAAAAGAAAGAUGUUUGUUUAAUGAAUGAAUAAUGUGAGAUGAGCAGUGAGUUAUAUUUCAAGUCAUUUGAAUGAUGCACAGUCAUUUGUGUGUUUGAUAUGUCUUUUUGGCUGAUGUGUUUGAGUGUUUAUAUAGGUAAUGGGAAAUGAAAUCGAUAAAAUGUUAAAUAGAAUUUAUUUGUUGAAGUUCUAGAUUUAUAAUCUGUAAGCCAUAUUUAACAUACGAAGACUGUAGCAGAAGGAAACUUUUAAAAUACAGUUUGCGAAUAUUUUCUAGUCUAUUAAUAAAUAAUGCCUGAUUUAUUUCAAAUCAUUAGUUGGAUAUGAAUGAAUAAUAUGUAAGAUUUGUCGUACACACAUUCAGCGAAAAAUAGCAUAACAUCAAUAAUUCUUACAGUUAUUUCUUUAUAUAGGGCAUUAUUCAUAUAAUUUAAUAUCUCCCUUAUGAUUUUAUCAAGUGCAUGAUUGUAGUGAGUAUUAAUAGACCAGCUAUAUAGAAAUUAGGAAAAAGUGAAAGUGAUUAUUAAUGGGAAGCAUGUCUUGAGUAAUAAAAAAAAAAAAAAAAAGAAAAAGAAAAAAAAACAAAAUAAAAUCGAAUGCAGAUUUUUCAUGAUGUUUGUAAAUAACUGUAAAGAAUUGUAAUAUUGUACACGCAUUUGAUAUUCUCAUCUCUUAAAUGAUUGCGAUGAUAGAAGGAAUGAGCAGUGAAUGGGUUAUUGAUUCUAACGAUGAACAGUGUGUACUUUUUAAGAAACCAACUUUACAAGAAUGUUCUGUAAUUUAAGUUUCUUUUUCUUUUUUUCUUUUUUUUUUUUUUUUUUUUAUCUGAUAAGCAAUAUUGAAAUUCAAUACAUAUAUACAUGCAUAUAUAUAUAUAUUUUUUAUGGUAUUCAAAGGACAAAUCAUUGUAAUGUAACAAAUAUAUUUAAAAUUAUCGUUAUAAUCAAAAACCCUCAAAGCAGUAAAUAAAAAUUCUUGACAUGGACUUUUUUGAAACAAUUCGUGCAAUAUUAAAAGAAUCUUUUCCAUUAUUUUAAUUUUUAUUUUCAAUAUAAUAUAGUACUGAACGUUAGAAAAUACAGUUAUUACUUCAGCAUCUUGAAAUCAGUAAUUAUUAUUUAAAAUAAAAAUAAAAAAGGAAAAAAGGAUAGAAAAUGAAGAGAGAGAGAGAGAGAGAGAGAGAAAAAGAGAAAGCGAGAGCGAGAGAGAGAGAGAGAGAAAGAAAGAAAUAAAAAAGUAAUCAAAUGAUUAUGUAAAUCUUGCGAAAAUAAAUACAAAAAUGGUUAUCGUGAGUCGAUUUUUAUAAAUGAGAAAUUGACUGCGUUUUGAAUAAGAAGACUGAGCGAGGUCUGUAAACAAUAUAUAUGAAUGAAAAAUGAACGUAAUGAUUCCCUAAUUUUACAUUCCGUUAUCUCGAAACGUGUAUUCUCGUAUGAAAUAAUAAAAUGAAAGUUAACGAAAACGAAACUUGUGACAAAAUAUGUGUAUAUAUAUAUAACAUGUAAACAGUUUCAUUCAUUUAACUUUUGUUAAUCGUUUGUUUCGAGUUGCACACGCGUCGAGUACGAAAUGUAUGUUAAUAAACUCUCUAUAACUGAAUUUUGAAAUUGAUAUGAAAGUUCAUGUGAAAAAAUUUAUUCCAUUAAUUGUAUUAAAUUAUAUCUAAACUAUUUAUAUAUAACUAAUAAUAUAUAACUGUAGUUUAUACUUGAUAAAAAUUAAUUUUCUAUGAUAUUAAUUAAUAAUUAAUAUUUCGACGAUAAAAUGUAAUAGGAUUGAAUGUAUGUGGAUUUUAAAGUUACAUAAAGUUAUAGAGAGUUAUAAGGGAUUCACGAACAAACGAACAGACAAAAAAAAUAUUUCAAACAUUCUUGGCAUUACUUAUUCAUUUCAAAGAAAUUUUAUUUCGAUUCGUUAAAGUAUUGAUUACAAUAAUCUUUAAUUUAUAUUAAAAUAAUGAUUUAUGUCUAAAAUGUUUGAAAAUUGGCGUACAUUGCUGUAAAGAAGAUAUCUUCUUUCAGAAUAUUGUAUUUAAUUACAGACCAGUAAUUCUACCGAUGAAAAAUUGUGAAGAAGAGAAAUAGAUAGAUAGAGAGAGAGAGAGAGAGAGAGAGAGAGAGAGAGUGUGUGUGUUACAAAGAGUACGUUAUUUAUUAUAAUCGUAUGCAAACAAUUUAAUUACAAAGAAAAAAAAAAAAAAAAAAAAAAAAAAUCAGUUUGACUGAUUCAUGAGAGUUUAUGGAAAUGUUAUUUCCAAUAUGAAUUCUUAAGAUACUUCUUUUUUUUUUUGUGGGUAUGUGGUAAUAAUUAUAUGUCGCCUCUAAUUAUGUCCUUAUUAUUUAACGUGCAAAUUUUGUAUCAUUGACAUUGAUGUAAAUAUCGAGUGAAAGAGGAAAGAAAAUAGGAAGUGAGAAAAGUGCGAGAAUGGAUAUUUUUUUUCUUUUUUUUUUUUUUUCUUUUUUUUUUUUCUUUUCUUCUUCCGAUUAAGCGACACACGACCUUAUUCUGCUCCUUUAUUAAUAUUUCCAAUAAUGAGCAUAGAGAAUGUGAAGUUUGCUUGCUAAGUAUGUUGAGAUAAAUAAACGUGGAGAUAUUAAUUGAAUAGUUUCGAUAUAUAUAUAUAUAUAUAUAUUUUUUUUUUUAUCGUAUAUGUUUCAAAGAUUUUUUUUCUCAAUAUCAUUAUUGAAUUUGAAAUUGUUCGAUGUUCAUUCAUGAAUACGAAAAGGAAGAGUCGAGGAGAUUAUUUUCUUUGUAUUAUUAAUUAUAAUGAACAUAUUAAGUAUGUUUGGUCGUAUUAAUAUUUAUGUCGUAUGAAAGAUUUUUCAUAAUUAUUAUCUCUAUGAGGAUUUAUAGGACAUAGGAGAUUUGUUUUAUCUCAUAAGAUUGCAACUAUUAAUGUUGCAUUGUCACACCCGCAUUAUUCUUCUUUUUCUAAUAUCUUCAUUCUAAUAUUUAUAGGAGAAUAAAAUAUUUGUAAUCACAA